AUGCAGAUUUUCCGAAGAGUCACGGCUUCUGCUAUCGGCAAUGGUUUACCAAGACUAAGAACAAUAGCUGUGCCCCCUUGUUGUUCCAGCAGCCACGAAGAAAACAACAAGAUUACAAUGUUUAGCAAGUUUGUAUAA